AUGGCUCUGGAGCUACAGAUCUUCUGCACUCGAGAGUCAGACAAGAUACUUCUCAGCUGUUACUUCCUGAGUGGUCGCUGCUGUGAACUCUCCUUGCCGCUGGAUGCCACCUUCCGGGAGCUUUCUGCGAGGCUGGAUUCGCAGAUCCUCGCUGUCAGAGUUCGGAAGAACGAGGUCGCAUGGAGCACCAAAGAGGCACCUCCUGAGCAGCGAGUGCUCAACGUCUUGGGCGGCAACUCAGUUGCCCAGCGAUCCACAUAUUCAAGUCUUGGGGGAAGCGUGUUAAGCCUUCCCUUUGCAAGCAACCAAACAAGGGUGACCUGGUUGCCGUGUUUCCCAUUCCCAUGGACAUUUGAGGCGAGGCUGUCCUUUGCACGAGGCCGAAGCAGGUAG